AGAAUAAUAAUUCCCAUUUUCUAUAAAUUGGACCUCCCAUUUGCACAACUUACACACACACACACACACAAAAUAUUAUAACACUGCGAGUUUUUUAAUUUCUAUAACAGUAAAAGAGAAAAAAAAUAGUAUGUCUCAGGGAAGAUGCAGUGCACUCGUGGCGGCGGUGAUGCUAGCAGCAAUGGUGGUGGUUUUCCACUGUGAAGUGGCUGAAGCAGCCACCUUCGCGGUCGGCGGCGGCGGCGGCUGGACCUACAACACCGUCGGCUGGCCUAAAGGCAAGCGCUUUAGGGCCGGUGACACACUUGUGUUCAACUACGGGUCAGGGUACCACAACGUGGUGGCGGUGAACAGAGCAGGGUACAACGGGUGCGCCACCCCCGCCGGAGCAAAAGUGUACCAGAGUGGAAAUGAUCAGAUAAAGCUAGCCAAGGGCACUAAUUACUUCAUCUGCAAUUAUCCAGGCCAUUGUGAAGGUGGUAUGAAGAUUGCUGUCACUGCUCUCUGAUUGAUUUCUCUAUACAUACAUAUGUGUGUAUGUAUAUGUAAUGUAAUGUGUGUGUUUGUUUUUGUGUUGGUUACUUUCUAUAUGUAAUAUUAAGGCACUACUUUGUUGGAGGUAUGA